GCGAGUCUGGGAAUCUAAGAGUAGCCUCCCACUCGUCUUAUAGACAAGACAUUCUUUUUUUUUAGUGUGUGUGUGUGUGUGUGUGGAACUUCUGGUCCUCGUUACAUUUCCUAAAGUUAUAAUAGAUGCCGGUGUCGAGGGAGCUGGUGGAUGAAGUUUUAAAGUUGGUUUAAACAGCUUGAGAUCUCAGUGAGUAAACAAUGUGGCCCCGCAGAGUGCUCACUAUAGCAUGGAUUAUGCUAAACACCGCCUGCAUUAAUGUUGAAAGCUACAGUGUCGGAGCACCAAGUGGAACAUGUUUCACAAGAUACCCAAAACACAAAACAGCAGCCCAGACCUCCACUCCGCCUUACGACAUUCAAGUGUCGCCAAAUCAAUACAAGCCAGGGGACAUUAUUACUGUGACUGUUGUCAGUAAAGAUGGCGCCACAUUUAAGGGACUACAAAUGGCUGCGUUUAGGGCCACAGGAAAUGACGAAGAGAUUCUGGGACAGUUUAUUGAAUUUCCAGAAGACAAGAUCAAGUCUUUCACCUGUGUAGGCUCUUAUAAAAACAAUAUGAUCACUCACAAGAAUGAAAAGCCUGCGUGGAAUGUAACAGUGAAAUGGAGGGCACCAGAGACAAAUGUUGGAGAUAUUUUAUUUAAAACUAGUCUGGUACAAGUGUAUGAACUUUUCUGGGUCGACUUAAAGACCGAUCUUUUAGCUCUGAAUCAUUCCAACAUUGUCGAAUCCAGUUACAAGGCCAUUAAAGCAACACAGUUAAUAUCAGAGAUCAAUUUCUCCGAAUGCGGUGAGACCAAGGGAUGUCUUCUGUAUCCUGCCACAUGCUCUGGGACUGACUGCGUGGCUGCUGUAACCUUCCACUACGACACUGACUCCGGCAACUAUCAGUUUGAAUUGAUGUCUAGCAAUCAACAAGAUUAUGUUUCCUUGGGUUUUUCAGAUGACAAUCUCAUGGGUAAAGAUGAAGUUGUAUUAUGUAUUAGUAAAAAUGGUAACCUUAAUAUACAGCAUGGCUGGAAUCCGUCGUAUCACUACGAAAGAAAGUUAACUCGUUUUUUAUCCCAAGCUGAAAUACGAGCGUCUGAUGGCCGACUCCAGUGUCGUUUUAUGUUGCCAAGAUUCAGCUCUGUUGUUACAGUCAAUCAAGAAGCUGACGUCUUGGAAUAUUUCAAUCAAACAUUUGAUCAUUCAGAAAGGUGGUAUCUUCAGAUUGCUUGGGGCAAAGUCAUACCAGCAUCUGAUGUCAUCUCGAAGCACGAGGAAUCGCCUGCUGUUUCUUAUCAGAAAAUUGAUUUGAAAAAAAACGAAAUCUUUACAGGCUCCUCCUAUGGGUACCUGGUCCAAGCUCAUGCUGCUCUGAUGAUUGUCGCCUGGAUAUUUUUGACCGGUAUUGUCACAGUGAUCUCCAGACAUUACAGAGAUUGGAUGCCCAGAACUCGAUGGUUUGGGACGAAAGUUUGGUUUCAGAUUCACCGAGCCCUGGCCAUUGGAGUCGUUUCUCUCACUGUCAUAGCUUUCACUUGUGUUUUCUCUCAGUUUGGACUUGAAAUACGAAAGAGUUCAGUGCCCCAUUCCUACGUUGGGCUGACCGUUCUAACGCUGGUCAUACUCCAACUUAUUUUUGGGAUGCUACGCCCUGGACCAGACGACAAAGUGAGAGUCUAUUUCAACUGGGGUCAUCAGAUCCUAGGUCAAAUAAUUCACUUAUUAGCAGCCGUGACAAUGUUUUUAGGUUUCAAUAUGAAACAGACAGUGUACAACGUCAAGUCAUUUGGCACAACUGUCUUAUGUGUCUGGUUAGUGGGUCAACUGGCCUGGCACAUCAUUUUUGAAAUUAUCAAGUGUAAAGGUAAACGCCAAGAGAGCAGUAGCAUCAAUGGAGAAGUGGAGAAAGACAAAAAAGACAAAACAUCCAAAAGUUUGACUCUAGUUCUUCUUUUAUACGCUCUGUUUUUGCUCAUUGUGACAAUAGCGGCAAUGUCAGCUGUCUUCAUCUAUUAAGUUCAAGUCUGUAUUCAAGACAAAUCAUUCAGUUGUAUACGAUUUUAAAUAGUAGUAAGGAACAUUUGAAAUAAUUCUUACUAUUUGAGAAAUAUGUUUUAACAAAUAUGUAUGUGUGUUGUUGUAUACAAUUUGUGUUUGCUUUUCAAGUUUCGGAUGUUCCUUCAACUUCCUAGAGCAAACUUUUCAAGUUUCGGAUGUUCCUUCAACUUCCUAGAGCAAACUUUUCAAGUUUCGGAUGUUCCUUCAACUUCCUAGAGCAAACUUUUCAAGUUUCGGAUGUUCCUUCAACUUCCUAGAGCAAACUUUUCAAGUUUCGGAUGUUCCUUCAACUUAGUAGAGCAAACUUUUCAAGUUUCGGAUGUUCCUUCAACUUCCUAGAGCAAACUGAUGACGGGGGAUGGCAACGGGUUAGGGUUUGAACCCGUCACUAUCAAGACGACCGAACGACAGCCAAGCGCGCAUACCGCAGCCAUCAUGGUAUCCACUUUGUAUUUCUCAAGUGGAGAAGUGGAUUGGUUAAUGAUAUUUGACUACUAUGGGACUAAUCUCUGAAUAUGCAUGACUUGAAGUCUCACAUCUCAGAACUCUGACAUAUAAGCACAAACGCAGCUUGUAUUGAUAUAACGAAGACGAAUAGAAAGCAUACCUUCUGCAUUGAAGAGUUACAUUCAACUAAAAAAAAGUGUAUUUUUAGAAAUAUAAUUUUGUAGUAAUCAAUUUUAUUUCCUUGUAUUUAUCAUCUUAUUUCUUGAAUACACUUCGAUAGAUCUACAGAGAGUCUAAUUGCUAGUUAUUACUCUGUUAAAAUGGUUGAGGUUUAAAAUAUUUUGUUUGGUUUCUACUCUAGUAUAAACAAGUUGUCAGUCUAAAUAAGACUAUAGUUAUUAGUUACAUUUUACUGUUCCCUCAACAAUGAUAACUUUCAACGACCGUUAUUCGACAUUCCCUUGGUAAAGGUUUGUUUAACCCAAAAGUAGAACAUUUCCAUUAUAACGAAGUAAAGCAAGCUUCAUUGUUAAGAUGUUUGUUCAUUUAAAAAAAUCAAAAUUAUCAGUGAUUAUUUAUAGAUCUAGGGGGAAAAGUAGCUUCAAAAACUUUCAUGUGGUGCUAAAUAAAAUAGAAAAUAUAUUUUUUUUAAAUCUAAAGUAGGCCUAUAUUUACGAAAUUCUAGUCAUUAAAAUCUUGUGCUGAAAAAUCUGACUUACUGAAUAACAUUGAUACAUUGGCAAAUCUUUCCAAUAUUGAGUUAUAAUUAAUGAACAUUGUGGAAAUUAUUAGUUCAACACGGCACACAUUGUUUGGAAUCAAUGGAAAAAAAAUGUGUUCAUGAUUUGUGAAGAAUAGAAAUAAUGUGCUACUUAUAAAGGUCAUCCUAACUCUAGGUUUUCAGUUUCCAGAUCGUCUCAGAUGCCCCCAUACUUUGACUUUGUGCUGACACCAAAUGUGUGUCUCUUAUAAAGAUUUGGUCUUUUUGCCCGUUCACUUCAUUGUUUGUACAUGUCAUUGCCACUGUUGCCCCAUUUCAAAUAAAUGGUGAUGUUUUCCAUGUCAUUCGUCUAGUUGCCCCUUAGAAGAAAUAUUCCAGUUUUCUAAUUGACCAUUCACUAAUCCAGUCGUCCUAUACAAAUCAUUGUUUCUCUACCCUCCUUUUGUUUUCCUGUUGUUGAUGCUCGUUGACUUAUAUAACACCUAUCUGCUGGUAGACAACUAAACCAAUGUAUUCGUAUACUAGUUUAACUUAAACAACUUGAAAUAAUUUGAAUUACUUCUUUGUGAAUGAAACUAAAUAUAACCUUUGUUACAAUAUAGACAAAUUCAACUUGAAGUGAAAUUAAAUCAACGGAUAUUGAAACAAAUCUAACUCACUAUCAAACCCCGUCCUUACACUCUGGAGUCGUCUGCUGCCCUACUUAACACAGCUUACGACGGGGCCGCCUAUUUUGCAUCAUUCUACAAGACCAGCAUGAAGUUAAUGCUCUCUCUACAAAUUACAAUAAAUACUCCCUUUCUAUAUAACCUAGUAAACACACACACUCCACAACACCCCCCACCCCUCAUAGAGUUUGCUCCUGUCACCAAUUUUUCUAUUCAUCGGUUGCUGUUUUUUUAACGUUAGACUUGCUGUCAUCUUUUUUUUUUUUGUUUGCAAUGAGAUUCUUUUUACAAUACCUCUAGGCCUACUCAAGUCAGAUUUUCAUGCCACCUGGAGGGUGGAACCUGGACACGGAGUUUCAAAAACGGCUCUGGCGAUUUUCCUAGAAAUGCAACAUUUGAUUUGCUAGCUCGUUGGACACACAGGGAAAACUCUUAUUGGACCGUUUUAAUUUUUAAAGUAAAAAAAAAAAAGACAAAAGUAAAUUUAAAUUUGGACAGAAAACUAGAUCUAGAUGUAGACCCAACAUCGGUUCUUGAGAGGACUAUCGCGUUCGGGAAUUACCGAAUAUAGAACAUUAUUGAUUCAACAGUUUAGUAAAUUAAUGUUCAGUACAAAAAAUGUGCACCGUCUUCUAAGUCUAGAUCUAAAGCUUAUCAUUGGACUAUUAUAAAGUGUAGUAGAUCUGGGGAACAACAAUCGCUCUCUAAGUUUGUAUAAAGGAGGUAUUAUCUUUUUUUUUUAAAAGUAUUUUUAAUGUUUUUACUUGUUUAAACAUCUUUUUCAAAUGUUUGUAUGCUUCUGUAAUGUUUGUAUGCUUCUGUAAUGUUUGUAUGCUUCUGUAAUGUUUGUAUGCUUCUGUAAUAAUUGUAUACUUCUGCUAUGCAUAAGUGCCUUAUAGACAUUCUUUAUAAAUGACUUAAUAGAACUAAAAUGAACAAGACGGAAGUGGACAUAUUUAGACACAUGUUGUUUUGUAACAUAGUUGUGAACAUUUUAAAUGAACUUUUUUUUCCUUUUUAUUAUGUUCUUCCGUUUGUUGCAUUGUUUGAUUUCCGUGACAACAAUUUGAAACUAAUUCUACACUCUACUCAUUAAACUCUAAAAUUGUAAA